UGACAUGAUGGAGAGUUUAAAGACGCGGCUCGAGUUCCCCAGCCCUGUCAUACAAGCCCAGACGGUGAGAAGUCUUGUUGCAGCUGUCGUAAAGGAAAAAGGGUCAAAUGGGCAAAUCAGCUGGUCCUGUGCUCAGGGCCCAGCACUGGAAGCUUUGUGGCAGCAGUGCUGCAGUGACUGUGCUGUGGUGUGUUCAGCGUGCUGCGACACCUUGGUGUUAUUGGUGGACCAGGGCCAUGCAGACCUGGAGUACAUCCUCAAUGGUGUCCUCAACCUCCUGCCUUCUGCAAGACACACUCAAGGGUUGAUAAAAGUCAUUCGGCGAUUAUUGGAGAUGCAGGCUGACCAGAGCGAUGGACACUUCACCUGUCCGUAUUCUAUCAGCCCUGCCCAUCGUCUAUCAUGUCAGCAGGUAAUCCAACAGGUAGCCCAGCAGGUAACCCAGCAGGUAACCCAGCAGGUAAUUCAGCAGGUAGCCCAGCAGGUAAUUCAGCAGGUAACCCAUCAAGUAGCCCAGCAGGUAAUUCAGCAGGUAGCCCAGCAGGUAAUUCAGCAGGUAGCCCAGCAGGUAAUUCACCAGGUAGCCCAGCAGGUAAUCCAGCAGGUAAUUCAGCAGGUAGCCCAACAAGUAACCCAGCAGGUAAUUCACCAGGUAGCCCAGCAGGUAGCCCAGCAGGUAAUCCAGCAGGUAAUUCACCAGGUAGCCCAGCAGGUAAUUCAGCAGGUAAUUCACCAGGUAGCCCAGCAGGUAACCCAGCAGCCUGCCCCAUCACUGCCUCUGUCUCUGAGUUCCUGGUAUAGUGAGCUCAGCGUGUCUUUGUCGGUACUGCGCAAAGUGGCCAACAAUCCAGCAGCAGCGACCGAUUGGCUGUUGGCGGUCAGCUCCGCCCUGUCGUCCAGCCAGCGCCUGUCCUCCUCUCUUGUCCUGAUUGUGACUUAUCUCAUCAUCAUGGGUCAGGAAAACAUCUGCCAGCUGGCUUUGAAAGCAAGCCAGGCUGUCGCCGCUGCCGACCCCUGCCAGGUCCCGCCCCUCCUGCUGCUUCUUUUGUUCAAACUGACCAAAGAAAAGAAUCCCGUCCUGGCUCACGCUGUUCUCACAAGCCUGCCAAACCUCGGCACUCAUAAGGCCUUACCAGCAUGCAGGGGACAUGGUGGCUGCCAUUUCACUCACUUUAAAACAGUGCAACAGACCAGACCUGGCAACCCCGGCUGCUCUCGUCCUGCAGGGACUACAGGAGCUGUGUCGAGCAGAGGUGGUGGAUAUUAUCUCAGCAUGGAGAACUGUUUGGCCUGAGCUCAGCUGUCACUCACAGCCAGGAGUGGUUCAAGCCAUCGCUGAGCUUUUGGCUCUGGUGCCUCAGCUCACAGUUAAAUCAGAGCAGUACGAGGUGCGUCGUAACGUUCAUGUUCCUCUGUGUUGAGGAGCUAACAGAGUGACACAGGAACUGUGGUUCUGUCUGUAAACAGGACUCUCACCAGCUGUUUGUAUAUUCUAACCUUACUGUAGAGUCACA